GCGCUCUUGUCUUUCUUCUCCAGACUGUAAGCGCCCACGCCAAACCGAUCUCUCCCCUUCCUCUCCUUCACCAUGGCCUCUUUACUUGAGCGCAUGAACAUUACCGCGCCGGGCGCCGCUGGCCCCGUCCGCAACAAGUCCGCCAACAGCAUGCGCAACACGACGCCCUACUCCCGGCCGAACAGCCGCAACACACCGAAGGGGAACGUCGAUGGCCAGUGGUCGCACGACCUCUACGACCAGCACAACUCGCUCGCCGCGCGCAUCACGGACGCGGCGCUCCCGCAGAAGGCGAAUCUGCCCCCCAUCGCUCAGCGCGCGCUCCGCGACGCGGUGCAGCAGCCGCAGGGGCCCGGGCUGUCUAUCCGUGGUGCGGCGGCCCCGCCGAAGCAGGCGAACGUCGUCGAUGUGUCAGGCCUUGUCGCCGGGACGACGCCGGACGAUGUGAAGGCCAUCUUUUCGCGGUGCGGCGAUAUUGCGAGCGCAAGGAUUGCAUCGUCACGUGGAGAGGAGCUCAGGAUACGGGUCGUGUUCAAGGAGGCGGGCGCGGCGAAGUCGGCGGUCGGCAAGUUUGACGGCCAGCAAGCGGAUGGAAAGACGCUGUCGGUCAAGCUGGCUGGCGAGAGCCUGCAGGGAACGAAGUUGAUAUCACGACUUGGGGGCAAGGAUGGGCUGGGGAUCGUUCGGGAUGAGGGGAGUGUGGACAUCCUGAUGGACAGCGAGGACUCGUCGAAGUCAAAACUGCGCUCGGACUCGAUUGUGAAGUCUGACCCUCGCGCCUCCGUCAUGACCGCGCCGCCAGGCGCCGACCCGGCGGACUACGCCCAUCGAGGAGGCAGGGGGCGCAGAGGGGGCGGUCGCAACAAGCGCGGCCGAGGGGGCAAGCGUGGUGGCGGCGCAAGGAUGGACGUCGAUUAAGACUGCAUGUCUCUUCUCUAGGCUAUGAUAUCAAGGCUCGUACGCUGGCUGUAAUCUAUACUGUUGCUCUGCAUGUUUCCCCCUCUAUCUCCUCAUCUCUCGCUGCACACCUUGGGCGAAGUCAUGCCCCGCCCUUUCUUGGAAUACACACGAUAUUACUUGUACACCCGCUGUAUUCGCGCUUGAAACCCCCGUCCGGAUAGAAGACUUCGAGCUGCACAGACCGCGGGCGAGGC